CAAAAUCAACUCAUGAUUGCUUCCCCAAUUUUAUAGGCUCUGUUGCCUGUCUUACAUCACUGUCAUUCACUACCCUGAAGAAGCAAACGUAAGUCUUAUCGUGAUAGUCAUGACCGACCAUCAUCGGAACUAGGCAUCAACCGACUAUAACUGAACUGGAAACUUCCCUCCCAGCUAAACUGGAAGUACCAUCGUCCACGCGCCUAACACUUUUAGUCGUGAGAUGGACGGAGUGACGGGCUCAUAGCGCUGACGUCGACAAACGCCCCAGCUCCAGGCCUAUGCUCCGCUAAACACCACCCGCCUCCUUGCAACCUGCAUCUCAUCUCUCUCAUGCUUUUCCUCUUGAGGAUCCGAGCAUCCAUUCCCACUUAAUACUUCCUAUCGCAUAUUAAAAACCGAGCAAUCGCCUUCCUACAUAGACUGCGCCUUCAAACAACUCAUCACUAUAUCCUCCCCCGCCUCACUUGAUCCCACAGGCUGACGACGCCCCCCUGUCGUGCCCCACACUCAACCAAGCGAGCGAGCAAGCAAGCAAGCUGUUGACCUACUAGCCUACGAAUACCUAAUCCACGUACUAUAACCUUGUUGCUCCAUACAGCCACACGCCCAGAGAAGCUUUGAUCCCAGCCUCGGGCAGCGUUUGUCCUGCAAGAGAGCUUCCAGAGGAUCAAUCAUCAGCAAAAAUGGCCGCGCCAUUCAGAGUCAAGGCCAUUUACGAGUACUCAUCGCCUCAUGAGGACGACCUCAACUUUAGUAUCGGCCAGGUCAUCACUGUUACUGAUGAGGAGGACGCCGACUGGUAUGGCGGGGAAUAUGUCGACGACCACGGCGUGAAGCAAGAGGGUAUUUUCCCUCGAAACUUUGUCGAGAAGUUUGAGCCUACCGCACCUCCUCGUCCAGCUCGAACCCGUACUAAGAAAGAGCCCGAACCUGCUCAACCCACCGAAGAUAUCGCUUCUCCCCCACCGCCACCUGUUCAGCAAGAGGCUCCUUCAAUCCCCGCGCCCGAACCUGAGCCCGAGAUCGAAGAAGCCCAUGAACCCGUACAUAAGCAUUCGGCUCCCGAACCGGCUGCCCCGGCCGUCCCGGAGCCUGUUCCUUCAAAGCCCGCCGAACCCGUCCAGGCUACAGCUCCCCCGCCUGUUGCAGUUCCUAAGCCCGAGCCUCCAGCCCCCGCUCCUCAAGCUCCGGCUGCCGCUUCGCCAAAGCCCAAGCCCUCCGGGCCUCCCCCCAAGGCAGAGAAGCCUUCUGCUAGCUCGUUCAAGGAUCGCAUUGCGGCGUUUAACAAGCCCGCAGCGCCUCCUGUUGCGCCCUUUAAGCCAAGUGGUCUGGCUGGCUCAGGUACAGGUUUUAUAAAGAAGCCGUUUGUGGCUCCUCCUCCCAGUCGCAAUGCUUUCAUACCCCCACCGCAGCAGACCCCAACCGCCAAGGUGUAUCGGCGCGACGAGGACCCUGAAAUCAAGGAACGGGAGGCAGAAACCCAAGGACAGGCCGAGAGGGCCGGGCUUGUACCAAGUGAAGGUCAGGGUGGCGAAGAUGAAGAUCAACCUAAGCCUACAAGUUUAAAGGAGCGCAUUGCACUGCUUCAAAAGCAGCAGCAGGAGCAAGCGGCACGACAUGCCGAUGCUGCUGCCAAGAAGGAGAAACCGAAAAAGCCUCAGAAGAAGCGUGAGAGCAUCGGGCAUAUUGAUACCCCGGUUGAGGCGGAGGCUUCACCUCAAGAGCCUCAUGCUCCUCUUGAGCGCAGAGACACCCAGGAUACUGAUGCCAGAACAUCUAUGGACGAGCCACGACAAAAUCGCAUGCCACCACCUCCACGCCGUAGGUCUUCCAAGGGACCUGCCGUGGAACCUGUCCAUGAUGGUAAUGAGGCGGAUAUGUCUGGCGCAGGUGACACAACCGAAGGCAAUGAUGACUUAACGGAGCGGGAUGAUAGUGAUGGUGUGGCUAGGAACGCACCGCGAGCACCUGCAUUGCCUAUACACGCCGGUCCUCCUCCCGAGGCAUCAACAUCAAGAAAGGAGGAUAGCGAGGAAGCGGAAGAGGAAGAGGAAGAGGAGGAGGAGGAGAUGGAUCCUGAAGUCAGGCGUAAAGAGGAGUUACGGGCGAGAAUGGCCAAGAUGAGUGGUGGUAUGGGUUUCCAUGGUAUGUUUGGUGCCCCUAUGCCUGCGCCAGCGCCGCCUCCCAAAAAGAAGAAGGCCCCAAAGCCAGAGCGAACAUCGAUCGACGAAACUGUCGAGGAGGCAUCGCCAACAAGCCAUGCUGCACCACCCGUUCCUACUAUGAUGGCUUUGCCUGGAUUUGGCGGUUCAAGUAAGCCUGAGGAGCCAUCCCGUCCUGAGGAACAUGAACCAGCUGCCCGAGCGCCACCACCUCCUGUGCCGUCUCAGCCGCCCCGAGUUCCAGAGCAUGCAGAGAUGGCAGAGGAGGAGGCAGAGAGUGACAUUACUCCUGCCCCUCACGCUGCACCUACAAUUCCUCCUCGAGAUCCAGCAGGCCCUCCUCCUAUUCCUGGCAGUCGAGGAGCGCCUCCCCCUGUGCCAUCCGAAUCUCGGCCUCCUCCUCCCGCACCUCCCGCCGAUGCGAAGUCUCAGUCCGAAGGAUCCCAGUCGGGCGAUGAGCUCUCUGGUGGCCGUGAUAGCGACCGAGAAGGCCCUGUAGCUGCCGCAAGGUCUCCUCCUAUGGCACCGCCGCCAGUUCAGCCCCCUCACUUGCCUGCGAGAUCGCCACCACUGUCCCCUACCCGCGAGGAGUUCAGUCCUACAUCUCCUAAAUCCAAUGCUAGCAAUAGAUUAAGUCGACUGCCGCCACCUAUUCCUGGAUCUGCACCAGCUCCACCAGCACAGAGUCGGCCACCUCCUCCGCCUCCACCAGGUGGUCUUCGUCGACAGUCCACCCAAGACUCUCAGGCACAACAUACCAGGGGACCUCCUCAGGCUGGCGAAGAAGAAGCUGAGGAACUUACCGAGUAUGAGGGCGAUUACGAUACGGAUAUUGCUUCUUCAGUCCCCCAUAAAGACGCUCUCAAGUCACACGCCCGUGAAUCAAGCCUUGAAGAUAACACUAUUCUAUCGCCAGUCUCCGAUGCUCCUCCUAAACUACCACCCCCUAUUCCCACAGGCACGGCCCCCAGAGCUGUUCCGCCGCCUGUCCCUUCGCAGCCGCCUCCUGAGAAUAAGCGGCAAUCAAUUGAUACACCUCGCGCUGCUCCUCCACCGCCUCCACCUACGGAUAACAAGCGACAGUCUAUUGACGUGCCACGCGCGGCACCUCCCCCUCCCCCUCCUGCAGGUCUACUUCCUCCUCAACCGCCUCAGUCGCCGCGCCUGGAAGAAGACUAUGAUCCCUACAAUUAUUCAGCACCUCCUGGAGGACACGGUUAUGCCCCCAGAACGCCCAAGAUUGAAGAGGAGGGUAUCUUCCCCCAAUCGCCGUCUGUUACUUCUCCGAUAGAUCGAAGAGCUCCCCCUCCUCCAGGUGUGCCUGCAGGUCGCACCUCAGGGCGACAAUCUCUAGACAUUUCGAGGGCUGCUGCCGGAAACAGACGAUCUAUGGAUGUUCACCGACCAUCAAUGUCGAUGGAGUCAGGUUUUAUUGCGAAUGACUUGGACCUGGCUAUCCAGAGUGGCUGGUGGAAGCAAUCUAACCAAGUACCUCCCGUUCUCCAGGGACGUAAAGAUAUUUACUUUGAGGCUGAAGAGUCGACAUCUACCAAUGGCGGCCAACAAACGACGAUAACUCGCGAAAUCUUUAUCUUAUAUCAAGAUUACUCACAAACCUUCUUGACAAUUCGAUACGACCCCUACAAUGCAUCAGAUGUUCAACUUGAGCAACGUCACGAGCCCCCGCCGCGUCCCCUCCGCCAGGAUCAGAUGGAAGAGUUUUAUGAGCGAUUUGGUCGCCACAUCUCGACGGCUGUAGCUGCCAAGAAAGACUCUGUUGUCGCGGACGGCACUCCUCAAGGUCUUGUUCUAGAACUUCUCAAGCCUUAUAAGGAUGCUCUUCCUCCUGUUGGCACUCGUGCCUACGGUGCCCUUGUCUAUUCAAACAUGGCCAAUGCAUCAACUCAACAGAACGACGUGAUCCGUGCUGGCGACAUCAUCACAAUCCGCAACGCCAAGUUCCAAGGCAAGCAUGGUCCUAUGCACGCAAAGUACUCUGCCGAGGUGGGCAAACCGGACCACGUCGCUGUAGUAUCUGAGUGGGAUGGCACCAAGAAGAAGGUGCGCGCAUGGGAGCAAGGCCGCGAGAGCAAGAAAGUCAAGGUAGAGAGCUUCAAGCUUGACGACCUUCGUAGCGGAGAGGUCAAGAUCUGGCGCGUCAUGCCGCGAAGCUGGGUUGGCUGGAACAGCCAGUCCUAGUGCAGCUGGGGAUGGCGUAGCGAUGGCGAUGGCGAUCUCUAGGAAAAGAUGUCCAUGAUGAUGAUGACGACGAAUAAUAGGAUGAGUUCAAGACUGGUAGUUGGGCCGUGGCUGUAUCCUCAGGCGUUGAGUAGUGGGUUCAGGAUUCGAGAGCGUUACAGGAGGAGAAGGAAACGAUGCGCAGCAAGGUGUGUGCUCAGAUAAGAAACUGUAGGACACGAGUGGAACAUGAGAGAUUUAGUUAGUUGUAAAGCAGUUCGAUUCAGUAGGCUAUGUUAGGUAUCGACCAAUGCGUCUUAUCCUGUGUCACCUCUCAGAUUCACUUUCAGCAUCUCACACAUUGAGAAUCCCACGAUUGUCUCUGUUAAACAAAGUCUCGCAUGAAUCCGAGACAUCAUCUAUUUCAGGCACGGCCCGGCCGUCGAUGCAGCGGUUCCACGGCCACGUUUUUAUCUCUUACCGGCUACAACUGAGGCCUUGGAGAGUUACAUUGUAUAAGCGCAAGGAAGUACUGUGUCUUUCGUUACUUCGAUCGACAAGAUCUUCAAAUGGCGGAGAAUUGAGCAUCAAAUCAUACCUUGAAUGACAGUUUGACAGGUGGAUGGUAUUGCAAAAGCGCAUGGCAUGCUACCUAAAAGGGAACCUAACUCGCAUGGGACAGUAUCAGGAAAAAUAAGAUGGUUGGCACGAGGUCUUGGACCUUUGAGAUUUGAAGUUUGUGUAAGCAGGAAAAAUAUGAGUGAACUCAGCGGAUUCCGUGACUAUGGGUGGAGUGAUAAGAUCUGUUAGUCAGGUCACCCCUUCAUGGAAUCGGGAAGAGUAGGGAAAAAGAUUUCAUAGCGACAAACAAGAUACCUUGCACACGGGAUGAGAUAGCAAAACUUAAUGCCCGAUGAAUAAUGCUCAACUUGAACUGCG